UUCUAUUUCCCUGCAAGGUUCUAUCUCAUCUGAUACUGUGUCAGGACUGGCACCUGCUACCUCCACAUCCUCACUGCCCAUCGCCCCUCUCUCACCCAGGGCCCCCCUGCGGGUCCUGCUGGCUCUCUCCUAUUGUGAUUGCCCCCAGCUGUCUGCAGAUGGGAUGGGGAGCCGCAACCUGAUAUUGAACCGUCACUGACUGAAAAAAGCAGAACGCAGCAUUGCCCAGGGAGUACAGCAAGCCACCAAGACAGGUGCAUGCAUAGCCAUUAAAUAUCCAGAGGGACGAGGUGUUGGUUCUUUGACAGCGAGAAGAGCGGGUUCCUGAAUCAGAGUUUGUCAGCCAUGCCUGCUGGAAGCAAUGAGCCAGAAUGCGCCCUUAGCUACCAGAGAUCCGAUGAAGAAGCUGUUGUAGACCAAGGUGGGACAAGUUCUGUACUUAAUAUUCAUUAUGAGAAAGAGGAGCUUGAAGGACACAGGACACUAUAUGUGGGUGUACGGAUGCCAUUGGGACGUCAGAGCCACAGACAUCAUCGAACCCAUGGACAAAAGCACAGAAAGAGGGAUAGGAUAAAGGGAGUUAUCCAAGAAGAAGGUCAUGAUGAAUCAUCUGCUCAUGAUACUCCUUCCCAGCGAGUACAGUUCAUCCUUGGAACAGAGGAGGAUGAAGAGCAUGUGCCUCAUGAACUCUUUACGGAGCUGGAUGAGAUCUGUGUUAAAGAGGGCGAGGAUGCAGAGUGGAAAGAGACAGCAAGGUGGCUAAAGUUUGAGGAAGAUGUUGAAGAUGGAGGAGAUCGCUGGAGUAAACCCUAUGUAGCUACCCUAUCGUUGCACAGCCUCUUUGAAUUAAGGAGUUGCAUCAUCAAUGGAACAGUGCAGCUCGAUAUGCGUGCGAACACCAUAGAGGAAAUAGCAGACAUGAUUUUGGAUCAACAUGAUUCUGCAAAUGAGCUAGGAGAUAACAUGCGUGUGAAAGUGAAGGAGGCUCUUUUGAAGAAACACCACCAUCAAAUUGAGAAGAAGCGCAAUAAUCUGAUCCCAAUGGUGCGUUCUUUUGCUGAGGUUGGGAAGAAGCAAUCAGAGCCUCAUUUACUGGACAAAAACAGUCUCUCUGUUUCUCCACAGCCUACCCUUGCUACUCUAGAUGUGAAGAAUGGAGCAAAUCAUGAGAAUAGUAGCGCUGUGGAUCUAAGCAAGGUGGAUCUUCAUUUCAUGAAAAAAAUUCCUACUGGUGCAGAGGCAUCUAAUGUUCUUGUUGGCGAACUUGAUUUCUUGGAACGUCCCAUAGUGGCAUUUGUGCGUCUGUCUCCAGCAGUUCUUCUUACCGGACUCACAGAGGUCCCUAUUCCCACAAGAUUCCUAUUCAUUUUGUUGGGACCAGUUGGAAAAGCCCAGCAAUAUCAUGAAAUUGGCAGAUCAAUGGCAACUAUAAUGACAGAUGAGAUUUUUCAUGAUGUUGCAUAUAAAGCAAAAGACAGGGGAGACUUACUAGCUGGGAUCGAUGAGUUUCUGGAUCAAGUGACUGUGCUUCCUCCAGGAGAAUGGGAUCCAUCCAUUAGAAUUGAACCUCCAAAGAAUGUCCCUUCUCAGGAGAAGAGAAAGAUGCCUGGGGUCCCUAAUGGAAAUGUAUGCCAUGUGGACCCGGAGCCAGAACCUGAACAGAGUGGACCAGAGUUGCAACGUACAGGAAAGAUGUUUGGAGGUCUGAUCGUAGACAUUAAGAGGAAAGCUCCUUUCUACUUGAGUGACUACAAGGAUGCCCUCAGUUUGCAGUGCGUGGCCUCGUUCCUGUUCCUGUACUGUGCCUGCAUGUCCCCCGUCAUCACAUUUGGAGGUUUACUUGGGGAAGCAACUGAGGGUCGCAUAAGUGCAAUUGAAUCCCUACUUGGUGCUUCUAUGACUGGAAUAGCCUAUUCAUUAUUUGGUGGACAACCCCUCACUAUAUUGGGAAGUACAGGACCUGUGCUGGUGUUUGAAAAGAUUUUGUUCAAAUUUUGCAAAGACAAUGAACUAUCCUACCUCUCGCUGAGAGCAUGUAUUGGACUGUGGACUGCAUUCCUUUGCAUUGUUCUGGUGGCAACUGAUGCCAGUUCACUAGUCUGUUAUAUAACACGUUUUACAGAAGAAGCAUUUGCCUCACUGAUUUGCAUCAUUUUUAUCUAUGAAGCCAUAGAGAAGCUGAUACAUUUGGGAGAGACCUAUCCUGUACAUAUGGGCAUUCAACUGGACCGGCUUACUCUUUACUACUGUAAAUGUGCUCCUCCAGAAGUACCAUCCAACAAAACCUUACUUUACUGGAAAGAAAACAACAUUACUACAUCUGAUUUUGAAUGGGCCAACUUCUCUGUUAGCCAAUGUAGGAUGAUGCAAGGAGAAUUUGUGGGAACGGCAUGUGGACAUCAUGGGCCAUAUACACCAGAUGUGCUUUUUUGGUCCUGCAUCCUAUUUUUCACCACUUUUGCAUUGUCUGGGACCCUGAAAACAUUCAAAACAAGUCGCUAUUUUCCCACAAAGAUACGCUCAAUGGUUAGCGACUUCGCUGUAUUUAUCACCAUCUUAUCAAUGGUAAUCCUGGACUACUUAAUUGGUGUACCAUCCCCAAAGCUUCAGGUUCCAAAUGAAUUUAAGCCAACCAGGGAUGACAGAGGGUGGAUUGUAAAUCCCAUCGGACCAAAUCCCUGGUGGACAGUGUUUCCUUCGGUCAUUCCUGCUCUGCUAUGCACCAUUCUGAUAUUCAUGGACCAGCAAAUCACUGCUGUGAUCAUCAACCGGAAGGAACACAAGCUGAAGAAAGGUUGUGGAUACCAUUUGGACCUGCUCAUGGUUGGGGUGAUGUUGGGAAUCUGUUCCAUAAUGGGCCUUCCAUGGUUCGUGGCUGCCACUGUGCUCUCUAUUACCCACGUUAACAGCCUUAAACUUGAAUCCGAAUGUUCAGCCCCUGGAGAGCAACCCAAGUUUCUUGGCAUUAGGGAACAGAGAGUAACCGGGCUGAUGAUCUUUGUCCUCAUGGGAUGCUCCGUGUUUAUGACCACAGUGCUUAAGUUUAUCCCAAUGCCAGUUCUCUAUGGCGUGUUUCUUUAUAUGGGCGUUUCUUCAUUAAGAGGAAUACAGUUCUUCGAUCGUCUUCUUCUGUUUGCAAUGCCUGCAAAACACCAGCCGGAUUUUAUCUACCUACGACAUGUUCCUUUGCGUAAAGUCCAUCUCUUCACCAUUAUCCAGCUUACCUGUCUGGUCUUACUUUGGGUCAUUAAAGCUUCUCGUGCUGCUAUUGUUUUCCCUAUGAUGGUCCUUGCUCUUGUGUUUGUUCGCAAAGUGAUGGAUUUCUGUUUUUCUAACCGGGAGUUGAGCUGGUUGGAUGAUCUGAUGCCAGAAAGCAAAAAGAAGAUACUUGAAGAUGCCAAAAAUAAAGCUAAGGAAUUGGAGGAGGCUGAGAAGAUGUUGCAAGUAGGAGAGGAGAAGGGUGUACAGAUGCCCAUGGAAACCAGAAAAUUGCUAAGCAGCCCUGGAAGAAAUAAUAAUACAAGAUGUGAUCCAUCGGAGAUAAAUAUAUCUGAUGAAAUGCCCAAAACUACAGUGUGGAAAGCACUUAGUAUGAACACUGAGAGCUCAAAGGCAAAGGAACGAAGCUUUUUCAAAUAGGUGUCUUGGCAGAUGAAGGACAGCGUGAAUUAACAGAUGACUCAGGGAAGCGCCAAGACCCCAAAAUGUGGCAUUCAACUUUACAGAACAGUCCCUCAUACUUUCCUCAGAAGAAGGAUUCACGUUAAAGCCAUCAGAUUUUUUUUAAUUAUAUGAAAAUAUAUAAUUUUUGUUUUUAUUUUCAGUGUGUGCUUUAACAAGCUGCAACUUUGUCAAUGUACCAUUGACAAGCAGUGAGGGAGUCUCCAACAUAACGGUUUCAAACUUGAUCAGCAAUCAAGUUAAUAUAACGUCCGUUUGUGAAUGAUUUGCGGAGUUGCAGAAUGUUCCCUAUUUGUUGUAUACGUUUAAAAUUCGUAAGCAGCAUUGAGCAGUUGUAGUUUCAGCGGCCUCACUAAAGAAAAGGGAGAGGUUCCAGUGCUUGAUGUGCUUCUUAAGAGAAGCAUAAUCCUGUUUAGAUCACUUUACUGUAGUUUGGGUUUUGUAAAUCGUAAAUAGCAUUUAUAUGUUAAUGUCUUUGUUGAUGACAAGUACCGGAAAAGUCAUGUUAAAACACUAAAAGCAAUGCAUUACAAACUAAUUUUGGCAUUACUCUGGUGUAUUCCCAACCACUGUAGUGCUUUUUACAAAAACAAAGUACACAGUGACCCCCAAUUAACAUUAGUGUAGAUUGCUCUUAAAUUUAGUGUAAAAGAUGCAGCAGACCUUUGUAAUUUCUAAAGGUACCAUAAUGACUAUUUGUGUUUACACUGCAAAACUAGUAAUUUUAUUUUUAAAGAAUGCCUUUUUUGUUCUUAUUCACUGUUAUUUUUUUACCACAAUUUUAAUUUAUUGUUCCACUUCAUGCUCUGCACUUUCCCAGAGGAGUUGGGCUUUAAUUUAUGUAGAUAUAGAUAUAUAUUUCUUGAGCUAUAUGGCAAUAACUGUAGAUAAGAAACAUGUCGCUUUCUUACGCACACUGCUAAGUUUACCCCUUCUGCCUCUUUUAUUUGUCCUAAUAUUUUAAUGUGUUUCUUGAGAUCAUUUGUAGACCUACAACAUGUGGAUUCUGUUAAUACAACUCUUACCAGCAUCACCGAUGGCAGAAUUAAACAGUAAUGGAUGUGUAAGAUGGCUUUGGAUACUAAUUGAUAAUUUAUUGAAAGUGUGUGUUAUAAUCUGUGGCACACACUUUUGUAAUUACUUAGCCUUUGUUAAAGUUGUAAAGUAUAAAGUGGAUGGAUUACUGCUUUCAAAGCAAAUUAGCAUCCUCCCAUUAAUGUGGUGAAUGUGUUAACCACUCAAAUAGGAUUCUCUUAUAGUCAAAAAAAUGUAUUAAUUGGUAAGUGUAAACCAUUAUUUAUUUCACGUUAUUAUUCAUGGUUUUUAAUUUUUUAUAUAAAUCAUAUGACCUUUAUUCUGUAAACUGUGAGUUGUGGUGAGUUAGCAACUUUAAUUUAAUUAGACCAAAUUCACCCAAUUAAAAUAAAGCUCAAACUUACCUGAGCAAGAUAUAUUUUCAAUAUUUUGAUCCCAGACUUUGAAUCAGUUGUUAACUCUGCAGUCAGUUUAGUGAAUAAACCCCUAGUCCCUACAGGCACCUAGAUAUCCUUCAGUAUUGAAGAGGAUCUAUAUAAUGUGUUGGUGCAUGUAAACUAUCUGUUCAAGUUUUGCAAAUGGUUUCUGAAAAAAUUUCAGUAAGAAAAACGAUCCACAUUUUUGUCCUGCUUCGGGCCAUUAUCUGCGUGUAUGUAUGACCAAUAUGGUACAGUUAUAGAUUUAUACACCCAGAGGAGGCCUCUUUCUAGAGUAAAAAUGAAAGUACAUUCCUCAUUCACUAUACAAAUUUUUUUCAAGAAUCUGAAUAUCACAUAAAACCAAAUUCAGUGCCAAUGUGGUCAUACUAUCUAUUAGUUGCACAUGUAAAAAUUCCACAGUAUUUGUUUCAAAUAGGUUUCUUUUAAUUCUAAGACAGAUUCUUGUAGACCGUGAGAACUCAAGUAUUGGCAAUAUGAGUGUUACUUAUAGGUUAGAAUCAAAACUUGCUAAAUGUCAUUAACUGCAUAUUUGUUUUUAUCCUUUUUCAUGAGUCUUCAUUUAUAAAAUGGAAUUUGUUGUUUUCUGAUUAGCACAUUCCCCUUCCGUCUUCAUUUCUCUGUAGCACUUGUUUUCAUUUUAUAUUGUAUUAAUUAAUUUUGCACCAACAUUUUCUACAAGUAUAGCAGAUUGAAAAUCAAUAUAUGUAGACAGUACCGUUAUGAUGUUUACUUUUCAAAUCUGUAUGGUUUCAUUUUAGUUAAUUGAAAAAACAAUGAGAUGAAAAGCCCCGAAUGUUUUCUUGUCAUUACAUAUUUAAUUUUCUGAUCGUUACACCAUAAUAUUUUUUUUUUCUAUCUUCAAAAUCUAUUCUUAAUCAUAUAGAUUUAACUUAAUAGUAUAAUUUGCUGCUAUCCACCACUGAAUACUCCGUUGUCUACCAGUAUUUCAGUAUUUAAAGAGAAUUAAUUAGUUGCAAUGUUUUUAUACUUUAACAGUCUAGAGGGUUUAAAUUGUAGAAUUUAAUUGUGCUAUUCAAAUCUUCUGUUUCCAGCAAGACGUUGGUUCUAAGCAUAUAUUAAACAUCACACUUUCUUUGGAUGUAUUGAUUUUUGAAGGAACACUACAGCAAGCACUCUGUAGUAGUUAUGGUGCCAGGCACCCUCCCUCAAUGUAAACAGUCAAACCAUUUUCCUACCUGGCGUCUGCUCACGGCCUCUCUGCUUUCCAGAACUCAACUCUGCACCUCCAGGCUUAGCCAGGGAAGAGAAUCCGGGUAAGAAAUCAAACCGUUAGCAGAUAAUUUGACUAUUUCCAUAUUGGGGAGGGCGCAAGAGCAUUUCUGGCACCAUAACUACUAUGCACUAGUUAGUUAUUAGGGAGCUUGAAAUGUUCCUAUAAAUGUACUUCAUAUUGAGUUAAUCUCUAACUAUAGCAAUAAACACUGAAAUAAAAGUUACCUUUUGGGACAGUUAAAGGGACACUCCAGAC